UUGCUCUGGGUGCGUUUUUUCUUGACUCUUGAUUUCCUGCCAGCCUCAAAGGGUGUUGGUUUCUUGGGGAAACCAGUUCUUACACAACAGCACAGAGUGUAAAGCCCAGGAAGCCCAUACUAAGAAGCAGCUCCCUCACUGUACCUGAGCCACGGAGGGGCCGAGGGAGACGAGUGUCGUGGGCUGCAGGAGCUGAUCACUGGGAAUGGCAUCUCUGGCUGGGAAGUCCCAGCAACCUGGCCCCUGCAUUCGUGCUUCAGCCUCAGGCCUCCUGUUCCUCCUGAGCCAUCUGUUUCCUUGGAGCUCCGUUUCAGGUCAGUUCUCAGCCAGAGCCCAGGUUCCCAGUGUGGCGGGGUUGGUGGGUGAUGUGGCCAAGCUGUCCUGCCUCCUGACCCCUCCACAGAACCUAGCUAACCUAGAGGUGCGCUGGUUCCGUGGAAGCUACGAGGUCGUGGUGGUGCUGAAGGAGGAAGGGGUCGAUCAGCCAGGGCCCCAGCUUCCCCAGUACCGGGGUCGUAGCCACUUGCUCUCCGGGGACAACGGGGAUGGCGUCGUGACUCUGCAGCUCGGAGACCUGCGGCCUGAGGACGAGGGCAACUACACCUGCUUUUUCCGCUCCCGGGACUUCUAUGAGCAAGCUGUUGUCGAGCUGAGUGUCACUGGCUUGGGCCCAGCCCCUUUGCUCCAGGUUGCGGGGCAUGAGGCCGGCGGGGUGCUGCUGAUGUGCUCCUCAGAAGGCUGGUACCCCAAGCCGAAUCUGGAGUGGCGGGAGCAAGGGGGCCGUGUCUUGCCUGCUCAGAUGGAGUUGCAACCUCAGGUCAGCCGGGGCCUGUUCAGGGUGCAGAGUUCCCUGAUUCUCAUGGAGGAAGCCAACUACACUGUAGCCUGCCAUGUGAGCAUCGCCCAGCGGAACCUCAGUGCUGAAUCCCGUGUCUACCUAGCAGGUCUCUUUUUCCCCAAGUUCUCUUAUUGUCUGGUGUCCCUUGCUGUCGUCCUGGCAAUUUUCCUCACCCUCACUCUGUUGGUGGCUAUUUUAUUCUGGAAGCACUGGAAAUCCCGAGAGGCCUUCUCAGCCGAGCAGCAAACAUACCGGAAAGAAAAGGAAACACUUUUGGAGGAAAAACAGAACCUUGUUUUUGAGAAUGAGAAACUCUUGGCCGACAGAGGGGAACUUCUGGCAGAGAAAGAGCUGGGUUUCCAAAGAGCCCGCACCUAUUCAGUGGAAGUGACGCUGGACCCCUCCACAGCUCAUCCCAACCUAAUCCUCUCCCCAGACCUCCGGAGCGUGACUUGUGGCGACAAACCACAGGAUGUCACCCCGAGUCCCUCCCGCUUCAGCCACUGUUCCAUGGUGCUGGGGGCCCAGGUCUUCUCAGCUGGACGCAGCUACUGGGAAGUGGAGGUGGGCGAGAAGACACGUUGGGCUAUCGGUGUGUGCCUGGAGGCGGCCAGCCGUCAGGGAGAAAUCACUCUCUCGCCCAAGACAGGCUAUUGGGCAGCGUAUCUGCGCAAUGGAGAUGAGUACAUGGUGUUGACCUCCCCCUGGACCACUCUGCAUGUGAGGGAACGUCCCCGACGCGUUGGUGUCUUUUUGGAUAUCCCAGCUGGGGAGCUCUCCUUCUACAAUGUCAAUGCCCGCUCUCACCUCUACACCUUCACCAGCCUGCCAGCCAAGCCACUCCGUCCCUACCUCUACCCCUACCAUGCUGAUGGAGGACAGAAUGCCGGCCCUCUCACAUUCUGCCAUCUGGAGUGAAGGAAGGGGCAGGGAGAGACUGUUUGAAUCGGGGGUUAGAUGCCUUGAACCAGAUCAUUCCUGUGGCUGCUCCCUGAGAAGAGCAGGGAAGCAGCAUGGAAAGAGCCCGGACCUGGGAUUAAGGGGACCUGGGUUCUAAUCCUGGCUCCACCAC